CUGGGACUUCUGGCUCUCACAGAGAGAGAGAGAGAGGCAGCGGCAGCGGCGCGAUGGAUUUGGGAACGGAUUAAACCGGCAACCAUGGCUUCCACCGUCUUUCCCUAGUGCAUUCCCGGCUGGUCAGGGAAGGAGACCGCGGCGCCCUUUCAUUUCUCUUCUCGAGAGGGCCGGACGGGCGGGUUGUCAGACGAGAGGCGAGGUGUUUGUGGUUUAUGUCAUUGACCUGUAGUUCUCGUUCCCAGUCUCUGUCUCCAUGCCCUGUGCAUUGACGCUGGCGUGCAGAAUAUUCCUCCCUGUGUCUCUUCACCUCCUCCAGCCUAGGAUGCAUCGGGUAUAAAAAACAUACACACACGGGACACGCUCACACACCGGCCAUGGGGAAAGAUCAGGAAUUACUCCAAGCUGUCAAAAGCGAAGAUGUGCCUGCGGUACAGAAGCUUUUGCAACGGCCCAAACAAGGCAAAGCGAAGCUUCUGGGAUCUGCAAAGAGAGUUAACGUAAACUACCAGGAUCUGGAUGGGUUUUCUGCUCUGCACCAUGCUGCCCUCAAUGGGAAUACCGAGCUCAUCUCUCUGUUGAUCGAAUCCCAGGCCAUGGUCGACAUCAAGGAUAACAAAGCAAUGAGACCGUUACACUACGCUGCGUGGCAGGGGAAGGCGGAGCCGAUGAAAAUGCUUCUGAAGGCAGCAUCGAGCGUGAAUUCACAAUCGGAGGAAGGGCAGAUCCCACUGCAUCUGGCUGCCCAGCAUGGACACUAUGAAGUGUCCGAGAUGCUGUUGCAACAUCAGUCGAACCCGUGCAUAGUCGAUGUCGCUGGAAAGACGCCCUUAGACCUGGCCUGCGAAUUUGGCAGAGUUGGGGUCGUACAGCUACUACUCAGCAGCAACAUGUGUGCUGCUCUGCUUGAAGCGAAACCCGGAGAUAUCACCGACCCCAAUGGUACCAGCCCGCUUCACCUGGCCGCUAAGAAUGGACAUAUCGACAUUAUAAGGCUCCUGUUGCAGGCCGGAAUAGAUAUCAACCGCCAGACAAAAGCAGGAACAGCGCUGCACGAAGCCGCACUGUGUGGGAAGACUGACGUAGUUCGUCUGCUACUAGAAGGAGGAGUUAAUGCACAUAUCAAGAACACCUACAACCAGACCGCCCUGGACAUUGUUCACCAAUUCACAGCAACGCAAGCAAGCAAGGAAAUCAAACAGAUGCUCAGAGAUGCCUCAGCCGCCCUGCAGGUCAGGGCAGUAAAGGACUACUGUAAUAACUAUGACCUGACCAGCCUUAACGUGAAGACAGGAGACGUUAUUACAGUUCUAGAACAGCAUCCUGAUGGGAGAUGGAAAGGCUGUAUCCAUGACAACAGAACUGGCAAUGACAGAGUGGGUUACUUCCCAUCGUCCAUUGCGGAGGUGAUAAACAAGAGAUCAGGUUCUUUGGACGCAGUUUCUCAUGCUUACAGUUCCCAGCAAUAUCACAAGAUACAGCUCACGGCCUAUGGCACUACAGUUGUCAAUGGGGACUCCACUCAUCACUGUAACUCCCUGCUGCCUCCCCCUCCACCUCCUCCUUACCACCAUCAGCCACUUUUCAGUUCCUUUGGUUAUCACAGAACCAGUAGCAAUAUAGAAGAAUUACCUCAUGGACAAGGUUCCCGAGGCUCUGAAUCAAGUCCUUCCCAUCUGUCUCCAGUACAGCCUGCCACCACAACAGAAGAGAUCUGGGUAUUGCGAAAGCCAUUUGCAGGUGGAGACCGCAGCAAUGCAGGAAGUACGGGAAGUGUGGCCAGUGCUCGAAGUUCUGGGAGUGGACAAAGUACCGGCACCACCGCUGCAGCCUCGGCUUCUGAUGGGAAUAAGUUGCUGCAAGUGGUUCUCACCCAGAAAGGAUCUACUCCCGAAACAGCAGGAGGUGACGGAGCUGCCAAGUCUGAACAGACUGCAGGAGUUGUUCGGCCCCAGACUGCAGCCAGCGGCCCUGUGGCAGAGCAGCCAUAUGGGGAGCCUCAGCUGAAGAAGGCAGAGUCCCUCUCAGAAGCAAAGAAUGAUCUGAUGGAAUGGCUCUCAAUCAUUGGCCUUGCUCAAUAUUACAAGACACUCGUGGAGAAUGGUUAUGAAAACAUUGAGUUUAUCACUGAUAUCACCUGGGAGGACCUUCAGGAAAUCGGUAUCACAAAGUUGGGUCAUCAGAAGAAGUUUAUGCUCGCCGUGAAGAAACUGGCUGAAAUCCAACGAGCUUCCAGAUACGACUCAGGCACCCUGAAGAAGAAAACCCCACAGUCAUUGGAGAUUGUGGCUAUCGAGUCUCCUCAGGGCGAGAAUGCUGAAUGCCAGUCUCCAAAAAUGUCCACGUUCCAAGACAGUGAACUGAGCAACGAGCUGCAAGUGGCCAUGACCACAGCUGGCGAGGUCAAGGACCAAAGGCAAGCAGGCAACCAUGCGACGCCGACUCCAGAGAGCACAGCAUACCCUGCAGGGGCUGGCCAGGAAAACGACAAUGGCAGUGGGAGCAAGGGCAAGGCAAAUGGCAGCACCGUGGACGCGCCAGGGGCAGGAAGCCAACUGCAGAGAGCCGCACUGUCCAAGAGCCAGGAGAGUCUGGAUGCCCCCAGCCACCGCGCUGGCUUCACUGACCACCUGGGCCCCAGCAAGCGGGCGCACCGCCAGAGGGCCAGUGUGCCCCCAGCACCCGGGAAGCCCAGGGGAGCUGUGGCCCACGGACAGCAGCACCAAGCCAUGGUCACCAUGUCCACCUUCACCCCGCCGCAGACCCCGACUAAGCCCAGGCCUUGCUCCCCACAGACACUCAACGUGCCCCAGGCCACGGCCAAGGUCAAGCCCAUCCCACAGCUGCUUCAGGCCGAGCGGCCCAUGUCGCCGCGCUCGCCCACCCACCGGGGCUUUGCCUAUGUGAUCCCGCAGCCGGCGGAGGCCGAGGCAACGCCGGUGGUGCCGGUGCUGAGGCUCCCGCCGCCUCAGGCCGACGAGGGCGGCCACCACGACCCGGCCAGGCCCAAGAAACGGGCGCACAGCCUGAGCCGCUACGCCGUGUCGGACAGCGAGCAGGAGAAAGACGAGCUGACCGUGCCCGACGCCGGGCCGUACGCCACCAUCCAGCGGCGGGUGGCGAGGAGUCACUCGGCCCGGGCGCCGCCACCCGCCGACGCCGGCGUCAACCGGAGCCAGUCGUUCGCGCUGAGGCCCCGGAAGAAAGGGCCGCCGCCGCCGCCCCCCAAGCGCUCCAGCUCCGCCAUCUCCAGCACUAACCUGGCCGACGACUUGUCACGACCCGGGACCUGCGAGCAGUCGGACGAGCAGCGGCGGGCCAGCGGCCCAGGAGCGGUGGAGACUGGCAGUGCGGGAAGCGUCCGCUCCAUCGCCGCCAUGCUCGAGUUGUCGUCCAUCGGCGGCGGCGCCCGGGCCCUGUCGCUGCGCCGCUCCUUCAAGACGCAGAAGCUUCUGGAAGGCGGCGGCGGCGGCGGCAGCCCCGCUCCCGAGCCGGUGCGGGUCGCCGUGGCAACGCCGCUGGCGGCCAUGAAGCGCGCACCGCGCGAUGCCAUCGGCCUGGACGGCGAGGUCAUCAACCGGCGGAGGACCAUCAGCGGCCCGGUCACCGGCCUGAUCGCGGCCGCCCGGCGGGACAAAAUUGAGGCCGAGGCGGCCCGCCAGGGCCUGGCGCCCGAGAACCUGCCGUUCGCCGAGGAAGGCAACCUGACCAUCAAGCAGCGGCCGCGGCAGCCCGGCGCCCUCAAGGCUGAAGCCGACAUGAGGUCGCAGUCCUCGGGCUUAACGCCCGCCGAGCUGAGGAGAGCCAAGGCCAGGUCGGGGCAGGAGUCGGCCGCCUUCCACCUCAUCGAGUCGAGCACGGUAAAGCGGAGGCCGAAAGCCCGGGGCGCCGAGUCCCCACCGUCCGAUCACCACCUCCACAACGGCACGGCCGCCUUCAAGAGGAGGCCCGCGUCCGACAUGGCCGAGGGCGAGACCUACCCGAGCUUCCUCACCGUCGGAGACCUCCCGCGGAGGAACAGCGAGCACGGCACGCAGGCGGCCAACGGCGAGGCCCGGAGGCCCGUCAAACCCCCCGUGUCCCCCAAGCCAUCCAUCACCCAGCCGGCCAAGAGGCCCGGGCCGCCGCCGGUCACUCGGAAAUCUCCGCUGCCCGGCCCUGCUAGUCCAGAGAUAAAACGUGCCCCACCUCCUGUGUCCCCUAAACCGAUUCUACCUCCCCCUCUGACUCCACCCAAGCCUAUCAAACCCCACACUAUUCUUCAGUCAUUGAGUGCUGGCCCAACACCAGUCCCUUCUCCCGCCAAGCAGCCAGCUAUCAAGGCAGCAAGCACACCAGCAUCCUUGUGCUCAAGCCCAGCUAAACCAAUUGCUGCUGGUCCGCCACAGCAGGUUCCAGUCAAACCACCAAGGUCUUCGAUAUCCGGGCCAUCCACAGAGAUGGCCACAACAGAUGUAGCACAAAUGAAGCUCGAAGAAACCAGCGCAUCCCUGGCAGCCGCUUUACAGGCUGUGGAGGAGAAGAUUAAGCAUGACGAGGGGCAGGUGGCAGAGACUGCCUCAGAGGUGAAGAGCACAGGCAGCAUUCUGGAUGACAUUGGCAGUAUGUUUGAUGACUUGGCUGAUCAGCUUGAUGCCAUGUUGGAAUGAAGGAAGAGAAGACAGAUGGCAGGGAAACCUCAGGACUCUAUUGUGGGCACAAUGAUCUUUGAAAUCCUUCCCAGACCAGUGUUGGACACAAUCUCCCUUCAUGAACCCAUUUGAUUUUGUUUUGGUUUGCACAACUGACCAAACAAAAAGUUUAUAUUACCUCAGGAUCUUACCACAUGAAGAUCUGUGAAAUCACUGUCAUCAUCUUUCAAAGAAAGUCAAAACCUUCUGAUUUGGAUUUGAAUCUGAAACAGAGAUGGGAGGUUGAACUGAUUUAAUAUUGAUUUGAGAUCUUGCAAACAUGAAAAAGUUUAAACUCCCAAAAUUAAAGUUGAAAUAGGGUGUUAAUGCAAGAUGUAGUAUAUGUACACUGUAAGCAUGAGAAAUAUGAUAGGCUUGUAAACCAUCCAUCACAGAUGAUAAAAACUUAAUCAAGUGCACAAUGACUUGGUUGAAUUGUGGCUUUAAAUUUCAACUUGGUUUCCCAUUGGGUACAUGGCCAGUGAUAGAAAAAUAGUGAGAUUUAAGCUGACCUGUUUAUAAUACCUUCGAGUUAAUAAUCUAAACCAAUGGUAGCAAGUGAAUAAAUUAUUGGGCAAUGUUUGAUGGGAUGCACAAGUUCAAAUCACACCACAGUGUCUAGGGAAAGGCAGAAUUUUUUAAAAAUCAAGUAUCAGUAACAGUAACCGUGAAACUAUCUGACUGUCAUAAAUGUCCAUCCAGUUCGCAGAUGUCCUUAAAGUAAUGAAAUCCCAGUCUGAGCUAUAUGUUAUUCCAGACCAACAUCAACGUGAUUACCCACUUAAUGGCCCAUAAACGCAUUCAGUUCAGAGACAUCCAGGAAGGGCAAUGACACUUGGCUAUGCCAGCUACAGCCAAUGAAUGAAUAAAUAAAGAAUGUAUUUAUUAGUUUUGUCCAUUAAAUGACACAAAGUUUAAAACAGAAUGUGUAGUUACUGCAGUGGAGAGACUGAACAGGUAACAUUUAAGACCACAUUUGAUGUGGAUGGAGGUGAUUAGUGACAGAAAUACUAAUAUUUCUAUGUUGACUUUUAUGACCUCGGUCCAUGGUGCUCUUCAGCCAAUGGAGAGGUUUUGGAAACCUAGUUGCUGUUGUAAUGUGAAAGCAUUGUAUCUUUAGGGACAUUUAAUGAAGGGUUAACGUAGUUGGUUGAGUUGGAAUUAUGGCUAAGAGUCAAUAUAGAGCUAGACACCUGCCUUGAAUAGAUAAAUACUACAGCAGGACACCACCAGACUUGAACAUUUCUUUCUGCAUUUGGAAGCUACAUUCAAUUGGCUUAGACCCACAGAAAGGGGAACUAUUUGGUCAGAUUUGCCAUUCCUCGUCAUGUCCAAUGUCUCCUAUUGGCAAAUCCCCUUGCAGUGUCCUUGAUGACACUUUUCAUUGCCACAUUUCAUUACUUUGCACCGUUAGUUGUACAGGGUCUGAAGUGGACAGUGAUGGGUGGCAGAGAAUAGGGCAGAGCAGUUAGACAGUAGCGCCUUCCUGAAGAAAAUCAUGAAUGACAGCACACUGAUCAAGAAAUACAAAACGCAACUCUCAAAUAAGUAAACAUUACUGCCCAUCUUGAAAGAAAUUUGCAUUUACAUAGCAUCUUUCGUGGAAUCAGGUCAUCUUGGAAACAUCUUAAGGCAAUACAAUACCUUUUGAAGAAUGGCGCCCGUUGUAACAAAUAUGAUAGUCAAUUUGACCCACAAGCAGCAAUAUGACAAUAACUAGGUAAGUGUUUUCUAAAUCGUCAUGAUUCUGGGAGGAACUUCCCUGCCUUUCUUCAAAAUUGUGCCAUUUUUUAAUUCUGCCUGAGAGAGCAGAAUGGAGCUCACUUGCACCUAAUGCAACACUCCCUCCAUACACCCCAAAGACUGACAGCCUAGGUAUUUAUGUAAUGCAUAUUUUAUUUAGAAGUGCUUCAUUUAGUGAAGAAGUUAAGACAGAAUAAAUGUAUGAAUCAAGUAUAUAAAAUAUCUUGCAAUCAUUUCAUUAGCAUUCAAAAAUUAAUUUAAGGUCAAAAUGAAAAGAAGGUGAAAGCUAAUUUUCAGUGUCAGGAGGCAAAGUGCAGUUUGACAAAAGUGCCAGACAAAUCUAUUUCAACCCAUCUGUCAGGGAAUUAGUGGGGCACAAAUGAAAAUGAAUAAGGUAACAAGCAGUCAAGAUACUUUAAGUUAAGUUGGUUCAGAAUCAGGCUUGGGUCAGCAGAGUGGCAUUGAGAAUAGGUUGAUCCUUUGCACCUAGUCCGGUAAAUCCAACAUCUUACUGUCUUUUCUGCUCAUGCUUUUUCUACAUUUGGGUUUAAUAAUGAGUGUGUUUGAGUUCUUCCUCUGGACUUGCCGGUUUUGGUUUAUUAUUGUCAUAUGCAUUGAGAUACAAUGAAAGAUGCUUGGCUUGCAUGCUCAUUAUACACUAACAAAUCAUUGAGGUAAAACAAGGUAAAAAGUAAUAAUACAGAAUAGAAUGUAAAAGCUAUGGGCAAAGUGCAGCACAGGUAAACAAUAAAGUACAAGAACAUAGUGAGGUCGAUUGUGAGGUCAGGAGUCCAUCUUAUUUCACAAGAGGUCUGAUAACAGCAGGAUAGAAGUUGUCCUUGAGCUUGAUGCUAUGUGCUUCCAUAAUUUUGUAUCUUUUGCCUGGUGGAAAAGGGGAGAAGAGAGAAUAUCCGGGAUGGAUGAGGUCUAACACAUCUAAACAAUGCUGUAAUUAACUAGAUGAUUCCAUAUUUCAUCCUUAUUAGACUGGUUAAUUAAUUUUAAACUGGAUUCAUUAUUGUUGCUCCAAGCCAAGUUGAAAUGGUGAAGUUUUAAUUCUAAACAGCUUGGACUUCUCCUUCUCCCAUAGGCUAUGACUAUUAUAGGUAAGCUUAGAAUUUAUUGAUGAGGUGGUGGCAUUCUUGAUUGGCACGGCUGUAACGAAACCCAAUUUCCCUUGGGAUCAAUAAAAUAUGUCUGUCUGUCAUUCUGUGUGAUGAAGAACAUAGGAAUAUGAAACAGGAGUAGGCUAUAUGUUAUUCCCACAGUGUGGUUGGACAGGGAGAUUUGUUUGUUGUGCACGUGCAAAGCAGUUUAUCAGGCAGCAGAAUUUAAUAAGGAAAGUGUUUGCAUUGAUAUAGCACCUUUUGCCUCCUCAAAAGUCCCAAAAGUGCUUUAAAUCUAACUAAUUAUGUUUGAAAUGCAAUUGCCAGCAUAAUGUAGAAAACAGAGUGGCCAAUGUGUAGGUAGCAGAAACUUUCAAACAUCAGUGACAUAAAUAACCAGAUAACAUACUUAUAGCUGUUGGAUGAGGAAAAAAUCUUAGUCUGGUUUUAGGGAGGUAUCAAAACACACAAAAUGCUGUUGGAACUCAGCAGGUCAGGCAGCAUCUAUGAAGACUAAUAAACAGUCUUCAGGACUCUCAUCAUUUUGUGUGUGUUGCUGUGGAUUUCCAGCAUCUGCAGAAUCUCUUGUGUUUUUAGGGAGGUAUUUCCACAUCUGGCUCUCCAGAUCAUGCCAUUAGAACUUUUACAGGUGUCUAAGAGAGUCAACUCAAGUUGUUGGCAUAUAAAAAUCCAUUCAAAAAGGUGCUUUGAUUAUAUUUUUUUCUGUUUUUGCCAAUAGCCCCUGUUGCACAAAUUCCAGUGGGUCAAGCUCCUAAGCAGCUGUGGAACAGCUAGUAUUUUUGCACACUGACCUAACGUUGUUUCAUUAGGCCACCACUGUAUUACUAUAGAUAUUUGUAAUGCGGUGCCUUUGGUAGAAAUAAUUUCUCACUAAUGUGUACAAUCAGACUAGCAAGAUAAUGAAGUGAAACCACCCCCCCCCCAUAAAAUGGCCAGUCAGUCUCUAGUUUUCUCCAUGUUCUGAGUUCACUCCCUGUGAGCCGGUAACUGAUCAUUAAGCCUCUCUGCAACAGGUUAAAAUGGUUUCACACAAAGCUUGUUACAUAGUGCUUUUCUAUUGCUUCCAACAUAUUUGCAGAUCAGAUGUGCCAAGUGGACGUGCCCUUAGAUUUGAGUCAUAUGCCUUCAUCUUAAUGGUUGAGAUUCUCAGGUUAACUUUCCAUAUGACCUGAAUAGGCCUAAGUGUCUUGUCUGGUCUGUUUUCAUACUGAGUGAAGACUAUGAAUGAUGUAAAAUUCAAGACAGAGCAGUAUGCACUCAGAUAUUGCCAUUCCCCACCCACCUUGAAGUGUUAAGUACAAAUAGAACUUUAUCUAUAAUACUAUAUAUUGUAAAUAUAUGUUAUACACACAACACACACACAUUACUUAUGUUCCCUGGUUGGGAUGCAGGCUCAAAGAUCCCAAAGGGCUUUAGCACAGGUUCUAGUUGCACCAGCUGGUAAGGCUAUGUGGAAGCAUAAAGAUUUUCAACCAGAUAUGCCAAUUCCAGAUGUGCAUCUUCUGCCUCCCAGUGGCAAGAAUAACACAUUACAAUAAAAAAGAAAUCCAUAUCCAUAUUAAGCAGUAAAAGCGUGCACAAUAGAAGCUAAAAAGUGAAUUGUUGGGCUUUCUGAAAAUCCACAUCACUUUCCUUUUAAGAAAAAUUUAAGAAAUAUUUAAAAUAUUUGUGAAUGCUCCUGUUCACAGAUGAGAGAUUUUACUGACCCAAAAUUCUAUAUUAAAUUAUAUAUUAAGAUGAUUUAAUCUAGCACAAACUGAAAAUAACACUCCUGUAAAAUUCUACUUUAUUUUGAAGCCAUUUUUAAAUAAAAUAUAUAUAAAUGAUGUUUUUAAAUUGUCAUUUUGAUUUUGUUGACUUUUUUUCUUUUUGGUGUUUUUAAUGUUGAAGCAGAGCAUUGUAUGCAUUUUUUUAAAUGAACAAUGACGUGCCUUGUUUACGUUGAAAAUUUCUUUUGUUAUUGCUUUAUGAUAUUGAGUUGUAUUUUGGAUUUUAGUUGUUCAGGUGUUCAAGUAGAACACACCUGCUGUAGUAACAAAUGUAUAAAAACCGUGUAUAAAGUCUGGGGUAAUGCCUGAAUUACAAUGAAUGCGUCUGCCUGUGGUUUGAAAAAACAAGUGUUAAUUGUAAUUCUCGGAUUUGAGCUAUUAAUUGUCUUAUAUUGUGUCCUAUGACCUAGUGUGUUUGUCAAAGUUUUGAAAUUUCUUCAAAGCCUGAAAAAUUGCCGAUGUAAAUUGUAAAAAAAAAGUAACAAAAGGUUUAGAAAUCCCAUAAAAAUUGUAUGACUGUUAUAUUUUUAUUAAGUUAUGAAACUGUAUUGUAUUUCCAUUAUGUAAAGCUAUGCAUCUUGACGCUUCAUGCUAUUCUGUGCGCUACUGAAAGUGAUUAAUGUUUUUGGGUGUGUUGUGGUGUUCGAAGAGGAUUCCACUUCUUGUCGGUGUCACCCUGCAAGAAGAAACUCCAAUCUUACAGAAAGUUAGAAGGAGAGACACUUGUUCACUCAAUGUAUUCGGGGAACCUGGUUUAUUUUUAUCUUGUAAAAAAGGGACUAUGUUUUCAGUGGAUUUCCUCAAGUGGGCUGGUUGCAAAAUGUGUUCAUCCUGUUGACUCUGCCAAUGACUGUAUCACAACCAUCAUGACAGGCAUGUGGCAGUGUUGUGCUUGACUGAUUGCAUUUACUGCCAUUGGCUCUAAAUAAAUGUUAAA